AUGCACAGGAGGCUUAAUUGCUCUAGGCCUUUGGUGUCCAUAGACCUCGAGCUAGAGCGUACUCUAGCCCAAUUGAGGAGACAAGCAAGGGAGAGAGGUGAAGACCCACUUCAAGAGGAAGUGAGAAGUUCCCCUGCCCCAUCUUCACCCACUUCAAGUGAGGAGAGCGAACCAUCCACAGGCUCAAUUCCCAACCCAUUUGCCCAAUACCAUAAUCAACAAAGCAUGGCUGGAUCAGGAAACAUGGGUGAUCAAAGGUCACUAAAGCAACUUGGAGCACCCGAACCUUAUGCCUCUCAAAGUGGGAUCCUAGCCCCCACCACUCAAGCAAACAAUUUCGAGAUAAAGCCUAAUUUCAUUUCAAUGAUAGAGAAGAGGCAAUUUACCGGUGGGAAAUUUGAGAAUCCCCAUGAGCAUCUCAAAGAGUUUCUCAAGUAUUGUGACACUAUCAAGAUCAACGGAGUCUCCCAAGAGUACAUAAGAUUGAAGAUGUUCCCGUUCUCACUCAUGGGAGCGGCGGAACAUUGGUUGAACAAGGAUGUCCCCCCCGGCUCCCUCACGACUUGGAAUGAGGUAACUACGGCGUUCCUAGGAAGGUUUUACAAUCACAAGAAAACCGCCGAGGCUCGCUCAAAGAUUCAAAGUUUCCGCCAAAGAGGUGGAGAGUCUCUUUGUGAGGCAUGGGAGAGAUUCAAAGAGUUACAAAGGCAGUGCCCACACCAUGGGAUUCCUAAUUGGCAAGUUCUCCAAACAUUAUACGGAGGACUCUCCCCUCAAAGCAAGACUAGCCUUGAUGCCGGAGCCGGAGGCCCAAUCAUGAACAAAAGGGAAGAUGAAGUGGAGAGUAUCAUAGAAGAUGUUGUGCGCAAUUAUGAGGAUUGCCAAGGUGUCAACCCCAAGUCUAUGUAUGCCAUUACUACUAGAAGUGGGAAGAUCCUUGAGAGUGAUCUAAAUGUUGAGAAGAGUCCCGAUGUGAGGAUAGGACUUGAGGUUGAGGAUGAGUCAUCAAAAGAGAAUGAGAUUCUAGAGGGAAGUGCCGGAAAGAAUGAGAGGGGUGAGAAAGAGAAAGAGAAGGAACCCGAAAAGGAGAGCACCAAAGAUCAAACAUCUUUACCCCUUAAUCUCCAACCUAGGAAUGAGAGGUUACCUUUUCCCCAAAGAUUUGCUAGGUCUAGGCUUGAUGUCCAAUUCGGAAAAUUUUUAGAUGUAGUAAAGAGCUUGCAUGUUUCUAUACCCUUUGUGGAUGCUAUGAAAGAGAUGCCACACUACUCUAAAUUCCUAAAAGACCUCUUGAAUGGAAGGAGAGAAGUUGAAACCGUUAGCUUAACCGCAAAUUGUAGUGCUAUUCUCUCUAGUAAGCUACCAACUAAAUUGCAAGAUCCCGGUAGUUUUUCCAUCCCUUGUUCUAUCAAUGAGGUUCAUUUGGGGAAAGCUUUGUGUGACCUAGGUGCUAGUGUGAGUUUAAUGCCUUUCUCGAUCUACCAAAAGCUUAAUGUGGGAAACCUUUCACCUACAAACAUCACCCUCCAACUAGCGGAUAGGUCCACAAAAUUGCCUAUAGGGAAAGUAGAGGACAUACCCCUUAGAGUUGGUAAGUUCACUUUUCCGGUGGACUUUUAUAUUCUUGAGAUGGAUGAAGAUGAAAGAAUUCCUAUAAUCUUGGGUAGGCCGUUCCUAGCUACUUCUAAAGCAAUUAUUGAUGUCAAAGAAGGCAAGAUGACCUUGAAGGUUGACAAUGAUUCUAUCGAAUUUGAUUUGAAUAAGGUGAUGAGACAACCUUCCUCUAGCAAUGAAUGCUUUAGAAUAGAUACAAUUGAAAACUUGAUGAAUGAGUUUAGGUACCCUCAUAUGCAUGCUUCUAAUGAUCUACUUGAGAAUGUUUUGUUGAAUGAGAAUGAGGUAGGUGAUCAAAAGGAGAUGCAAUUAUAUGAGGAAAUGCUUGAUGAGAAAGAGGAGACAACCCCCGACCAAGAGAUGCUCCAACCAUAUGAAGUCUUCCAAGUAGAAGAGGAGGAAAUCUCCAAUGGUAAGGUAGCUCCGAAGGUAGAAUUGAAACCUCUACCUUCGGGCUUGAGGUAUGUCUUUUUGGAUGCUAAUGAUACUUUUCCGGUCAUUGUCAAUGCUAACCUCACGGAAGAACAAACCUCCUCAUUGCUUAAUGUUUUGAAAAAGCAUAGGAAGGCUUUGGGUUAUACUCUUGAUGAUCUCAAGGAAAGGUGUGAGAGUGCCAACUUGGUGCUCAAUUGGGAGAAAUGCCACUUCAUGGUGGAAAAUGGCAUUGUUCUUGGCCAUAAAAUCUCCCAAGCGGGCAUCGAAGUUGAUGGUGCGAAGGUUGAUGUGAUUGAGAAGCUUCCUCCUCCCACAAAUGUGAGAGAAGUGAGGUCCUUCCUUGGUCAUGCCGGCUUUUACCGCCGCUUCAUCAAAGAUUUCUCUUUUAUUGCUAAGCCUCUCACAUCUCUCUUGCAACAGGAUAAAGAAUUUGUAUUUGAUGAAGCUUGUCAUGAGUCAUUUUGCAGGUUGAAAAAGGCUCUUUGCACCGCCCCCGUAGUCCAAGGACCGGAUUGGUCUCUACCAUUCGAGCUAAUGUGCGAUGCAAGCGACGAGGCCAUUGGAUCAGUUCUAGGACAAAGAAAGGAUGGGAAACUUCACGUUAUAUACUAUUUGUCCAAGACUCUCAAUGAUGCUCAACGGAAUUAUACAACUACCGAAAAAGAGUUUUUGGCGGUUAUCCACUCAUUUGAGAAGUUUAGAACCUACCUCAUUGGUUCUAGGACAAUAGUGUAUACCGAUCACUCGGCUCUCAAAUAUUUGAUAAGUAAGAAGGAGGCCAAACCGAGGUUGUUGAGAUGGGUGUUGGUCCUUCAAGAUUUUGAUUACGAAAUGAGAGAUAAGAAGGGAGCCGAGAACGUGGUGGCGGACCACCUCUCUAGGUUGGGAGGUGCAAGAAUACAUGAAGACGAUUUGCCAAUUGAAGAUGCCCUUAUGGAUGAUGUCUUAUAUGCUCUUGAGGCAAAAUCGGAGCCUUGGUAUGCGGAUAUUGUGAACUACUUGGCUUGUAGUGCCAUACCUCCGGAUUUCACUCCUCAACAACAUCGAAGGCUCAAGUAUGAAGCAAAGAAGUAUAUAUGGGAUGACCCCAUGUUGUUGAAGAGAGGGGUGGAUGGACUUUUGAGAAGAUGUGUUCCUAAUGAAGAGUUCCAAGAUGUGCUCUCAAUGUGCCACUCAUCCCCUUGUGGUGGUCAUAUGAGUGCUCAAAAGACCGCUUCCAAGGUUUUGCAAUGCAUGCUCUUUUGGCCGUCUCUAUUCAAAGAUGCUUGGCAAUUUGUUAAGACUUGUGAUAGGUGCCAAAGGACGGGGAACAUAUCAAGGCGUGAUGAGAUGCCCCAAAAUCCGAUUCUUGAACUAGAAAUUUUUGAUGUUUGGGCAAUUGACUUCAUGGGCCCUUUCAUCUCAUCCCAAGGAAACCGGCACAUUCUAGUUGCCGUUGAUUAUGUCUCCAAGUGGGCGGAAGCCGUGGCAUCUCCCACCAACGACUCAAAGGUGGUCAUCAAUUUGUUCAAGAAAGUCAUCUUCCCAAGAUUCGGUGUUCCUAAGGCAAUCAUAAGUGAUGGAGGCUCACACUUCAAGCACCAUGCAUUCAACAAGCUUCUUUCAAAGUAUGGUGUAUCGCACAAGCGAGGCCUUGCUUACCACCCCCAAACAAGUGGUCAAGCGGAGGUCACAAAUAGGGAGUUGAAAGUCAUCUUGGAGAAGACCGUUGCUAGAACAAGGAAGGAUUGGUCUAGUAAGCUCAUUGAUUCAUUGUGGGAAUAUAGGACCGCCUUCAAGACUCCUAUAGGGACUACCCCCUAUAAGCUUGUUUAUGGGAAGAAUUGCCAUUUACCCGUAGAGAUGGAGCACCGAACGCAUUGGGCAAUCAAGCAAAUCAACUUUGAUCUCCACAAUGCGGGUGAGCAAAGGCUUCUAGAGCUUCAUGAGUUGGAAGAGUUGAGAAUGAACGCAUAUGACAGUGCAAGCCUCUACAAAGCAAGAACCAAGGCAUGGCACGACGCUCAAAUUUCCAAGAAGGAAUUUGUGGAAGGACAAAAGGUCCUACUCUACAAUUCAAGACUCAAGCUCUUCCCCGGGAAAUUGAGGUCUAGAUGGAGCGGUCCGUUUCAAGUAUCCAAAGCCUUUCCUUAUGGCUCAGUUGAGAUAUUCAAUGACAAGUACCCUCCAUUCAAAGUGAAUGGGCACCGUCUCAAGCCAUACUAUGAGGGUCAACUAAUUGAGAAGCCAGAAAAUUUAUCUCUCAUUGAUGUUUUCAAGUCACCAUGA